CUAUUGGCUGGGUCAACGGAGGGUGACGUCAUUGGGACGUACUAAGACUAGGGUUGGGCCGAGAACCGGAGCCAUUACUGCAGGAAAAGGUCCCGCAGAGCCGAGCAGUCAAGAUGUGUGACUUUACCGAGGACCAGACCGCAGAGUUCAAGGAGGCCUUCCAGCUGUUUGACCGAACAGGGGAUGGCAAGAUCCUGUACAGCCAGUGUGGGGACGUGAUGAGGGCCCUGGGCCAGAACCCCACCAACGCCGAGGUGCUCAAGGUCCUGGGGAACCCCAAGAGUGAUGAGAUGAACGUGAAGGUGCUGGACUUCGAGCACUUCCUGCCCAUGCUGCAGACUGUGGCCAAGAACAAGGACCAGGGCACCUACGAGGACUAUGUCGAAGGCCUGCGGGUGUUCGACAAGGAGGGCAACGGCACCGUCAUGGGUGCGGAGAUCCGGCAUGUUCUUGUCACACUGGGUGAGAAGAUGACAGAGGAAGAAGUAGAGAUGCUGGUGGCAGGGCAUGAGGACAGCAAUGGUUGUAUCAACUACGAAGGUGAGGGACAAAUGGAGGCUCUCACAAACGCAGUGGCUAUCAGGGGCAGAUCAGGCACAGUGUUUGGGGCUUUCCUUGUCCCUGGGCUUGGGCUGCACAAAGUGCCAGGAGGCAAGGGGCAGGGCCUGGCCCAGCCCAGGAGUGGGAGGCCUGGGGGGUGUGGCAGGAAAGGAAGGGCUCCUGCGGCUUGAAGGGCGGGCAAGGGGUGGGGCGUGAAACCAAUGGGUGUCUUGUUCCCUCACCGCCUGAUCCCCUUCACCUCAUGUCUAUGUCUUGUCUUCACCAUUAAUGUCUCUUCCUUCCUGCAGCGUUUGUGAGGCAUAUCCUGUCGGGGUGACGGGCCCCGUGGGGCGGGUACGGCUCCUCCCAGCCCCCCCCUUCUCUAGUUGCCCUCCCCAGUGUUUUUCUUCCUAGCCUUUGCUCUCUGGCCCCUGCCCUUCCCCUACUACCAUCUGACUUCCUCCUGGCAUGUCUCUGCAUGGAGCUGACUGAGGAGGGGGGGGGUCUUCAAAGAGGAAGGCAGCCUGGGGGUGUGGUACCUCCUCCUCUCCUAGAAUGGGCUCUGAGGUUUUGCUUCUAGGGCGCUGGCGUCUGGGAACUCACACCAGCCUAUCCCCGUCUUGCUUCAGGGUGACCCUGUGGCCCGGGAGCAUGGGCGGUUGACAGAGGGGGGUGGGUUGCCCGCCCCAUGGUGCUGCUGCAGCCGGAGUCGCUUCCCCUUCCUUCUGCUGGGCAGCUUGGAGGUACCCUAACCCAAAAUUCUGUCUUUUCCUCCCGCCAAUGGCUGACAGUAGCUGUAGGUGUAGCUGAGAACUCUUCUGCUCUGCUGUGUUCUUGCUGCUCAGGGUCGGGUGGGGAACUAACAGCUGGUGGGAGGGGAGCUGGAGGCCGAGAGAACCGGUCAGACUCAAGGUAGCGCCUCUGCAAACUGACCCCAAGGUGGGUUGCUGUAGGCACGUUCCUCCUUAGGCUACCUUUGUGGUCUUGAGGUCUCCUGGCCCCUGGUGGACCCCUCCCCUUGGCCCUGCUCCCUGGUUCAGCCCCCUCUCCUUCCCACAGAGCUCGUCCGCAUGGUGCUGAAUGGCUGAGGACAUUCCCAGUGGGAGACUGUGUGUGUAGCCCUGAAGGCCUCCUAGACUCUCUUGUCACAGAACUUUUCCCAGCAUGUCUCCCUCAGAUGAUGUUUGCCAUCAGCAUUUACCAAAUAAACUUGUUCUCUGCCCUA